GACAUACCUUGCCUUGUAUUUCGUUAGAUUGUAUUACCAAAGUUAAGCACUCCAGGAAGUAAAUACCUCAUUUAAUGUAUAACUGAGGAAGUUUCCUAUUUUAAGCAAAGUUUCUGUCUUAAUUUAGACUCAUCACUUAAUUAAUAGUGUUUAUUAUAAAAAACGCAUUUGUCACUCACCAACUAAUUUUCUAAAUAUUAACUAAGUACAGGCGGGGUUUUUGGUCACGUCAUGGUUAAUUGCAAUAAAAAAUUAGGUAACAGGUGGGUAAGUAUUAUUAUUAAUAAGGUGAAAUUAUGACUAAUAAAAAGUCUAAUGACUUUGAUCUCGUCAUUGGAUUUCCUUGGUGUUGAUGGGGUUUUUUAUAAAUAAAAUUUAUCACGUUACUUUAUAAUAUAAACGAACUUUAAUUUGCUUCAACCUCAUUGCAUUUAGUUGAGUGAAAGUUAGUAGGAGAAUAGUAACUUAAUCAAUUAUUAAUACGAACAAAGGUAAGUAAUACGGAACCCUAAAAACUAUAAGUAUCACAUUAUUUACGGGUUUACUUAUUUUAAACUCCUUAAUUUAAUUUUGUAGUAAAAUAGUGUUGUUUUCUUUUUGCACACCUUAUAAUAAAAUUUUCUUGCACCUCCUGUGGGUUGACUGGUAGAAAAUGCUUGUAGCAUUAAGUCCACCCUUUGUACACUUAUUUUUAUAUUUGUGCAAUAAAGGAUUAAAUAAAGAAAUAAUUUAAACUUUCAGAUGUUCCGAGUGCAAAUUGUUGUAUUAGUCGCUAUAUCGAUAUCGACUUGCUACGGAAAUAAAGAAGUAUCUGAAGAUACUAACAUCUACGCUCCCAUUGAUCCGGAUCCACAAAUACCAUGCGAAGUAUCUGACGGCGAAGUGCAAUACAUAGAGGGCCACGACAAAGAUGAUGACUCUUUCUCCAUAUCCAUCAGUGAGGGCGUGCUGAGCGUAGCAUACGAAUUGGCAAUGUACGUGGCAUCGAAAGUAGCCGCUUUCAUAUUCGGCAGUAUAUCAGUAUUCGCUAUCUGUAAACUGACCCCAAUAUGUACCACUAUUCAGACCAAGUGUACGAGCCUCAAAGGAUUCAAGACCUUAAUGACACCUGAAAACAUUAAUGCCACUUCCAGAAUCGUUCAAAAAUCCAUUGAAAAGUAUUCUCAGUUAAAUAAGAUUAAGUAGGAGUUGUUUGGCGGAGAUCUGUUUACGUAGGUAGGUACCUAACUCAAAAAUAAAUUAUUUAAUUUACAAAAAUCUCGUGUUUUAAUUUUUUUAAUCUGUAUGAAACUUUUGUUAAAAUGCAUUUUUAAUACCUAGAUAGUAUGUUAAGAGUUUGCUUAUAACAUGAGGUAAUUAACUCUCAGUACUUUCAGCAGAAUGUACCUAUCUACGAAGAUACACGGUAAAGUCUAGUUCUGCACUAUAAACAUCCUAGGUGUCUAGAACUUUAUAAACGUUUUCCGUUCUUUGCCCGAGACCUAUUCAUGAUAAAAUAAAACGUCCGGACAUAAACAUUAAACCGCUCAUUCAAUUACUUGUUUACAAAUUAUUCACCUUUACUUAUCCGUACCUAUGUAAAAUGUUAUCAGAAUUUUGCUCCGUUUUGCAACCGAUAUAGCUGUAUUUUUCUCUUAUUUAAAUAACUCUCUCUUAUUCUAGUUAUUCUUUCUCUUUUGUGGACAAAAGACGCUAACAAAUAAUGAUAGGAGAUGAACUUGUUUUUUUAUUCAAAGUCACAGAUUGCAGUUCAUUCAUCGCAUAAUUUGUGUCAUUGUCAUUUUUAUCUUUUGUUUAAUAACAAACUUUACGAACUCAAUUUCACUCUGUUCUCUUUUUAUGUUCUUAUCAGUCAGUCUAUGGAGCUAUUUCAAUAAAACUGAUUCAUACUUUGUUAUCAGCUCCGUAUCUUUACGCUCGGAUCCAAACAUUCCCUACUCAAGCGAGCUGAAAGUUACAUGUGACUUAUUAAAAAUACAGCACCGAAGUACGUCUCUUACUUUGUGUUCACAAGUGUUGUAAUUUUGCAUACAUACAUUUAUGCAAUAACACAUUUCUUUGUUAAAACUGCGCGUCUAUUUUAGACUGAAAAAACUGUUGGUCGAAACCAGUUGUCAAGUGCCGUGUAAAGUAAACAACAUACCUCUAGUUUAAAGGAUAAAAGUGAAAAUGGGAAAUUCUAAAAGUAGAAAGAUGAGAGUGACUGAGAUUAAUUCGGAGAAUACGAAACCAGAGGUGUCGAGAGAAAGGAUAAACUCUUUGAAAACUGACAUACCAGAUGCGGCCAAUGACAGCGGAAACCUGAAAGCUGGUGGUGGAAUCAUCGAUGAUGACAAUGCCAGCAGUGCCUCCACCGUAGAAGUGUUGGAUCAAAAGUGAUAUCAUGAUGACAUGACCAUAGUGCAAUGUGCAUGAUGACUUGUAAUCUAAGCAAAAUAACUGGUUAGAGCUGUACCUAAUAAAUAUUGUGAUAGCAAUCUCGUAUAUUGUUUAACUUUUUUAUGUGAUUUUGAGAGGUUUUUUGUGAAACAGUAUAGUUAUUAAUAAAAGUAUAUUUUUAUA